AAGGAAAAGCCGUAAACCCUGAUAGCACAAGCGACUAUAUUUAACCGAUAAAAGAAGCAGCAGAAGUUGAUAACGUAUAGUCUUUUCUCUAAAAGGCUGAAACCUUCUAUUAACAGCAAAAAGGAGGACAAACCGAAGGAGAAGAGGAAAAAGAAGGAGAAGCCCAAUGACUCCCAGGAAAUAGCUCUUAAGAACUUUAAAUCACAGGAAUAAUGCAGAUUUUAAGACGGACGGAGGCUGUUCUGAGCAGGCUAGGCCGUUCUUCGCCCAGAUGGACACACAAGAGGAGAGAAAACCAAGGAAGAACGGACAUAACAAGGAGAUUCGUGAACACUUGGUCUCCUUUGGCCUCGGCUUUCAACGCGAAACCGAAUAAGCUGUUGAGUCUUCACUUCACGAAGGGGGCGACGGGCUUGUUUGGCCUCCCAGAGCUGAAUGAACCUGAAGGUUUCUAUUUGCUCAAGGAAAAUGCAGUACGUGAAGCAGAGUCUUUGGUGGCCGAGUGCUGCUCUCCAGAAAGAUCACGUAAAAUGGUGGAGGUCUUUGACCACCUUUCUGACACUCUCUGUCGUGUUGCUGAUUUGGCUGAGUUUAUCCGCAUGGCACACCCUCAGGCCCGCUACUCCCAUGCUGCAGAGGAUGCAAGCAUCGCCAUAGGUGGACUUGUUGAACAGUUAAAUACUCACCGACAAUUAUAUGAUAGUCUGAGGGAGGUUGUAAAGAACGGUGACAUUUUCCCAACCACAGAUGUUGAUAGGCAUGUGGCCAAGCUCUUCCUCUUCGACUUUGAGCAGUCAGGUAUCCACUUGGACGAGGCCAAGCGAUGCCGUGUGGUAUCCCUGAACGAGGCCAUCCUCACCCUCGGGCAGCACUUCAUGAAUGGCUCCCUCCAGUCCCGAGCAAUUCCCAAGAAGAAGCUGCCCGAGUCCAUCCGCCAGCACUUUGCCAUAGAUGGGGACAACAUAGUGGUAACAGGCCUGUAUGCAGAUGCCCACAUGGAGAUCACAAGGGAGGCGGCGUACAAGAUCUUCCUACACCCAGACCAGCACCAGGAGUACCUUCUGACAGAGCUGCUCACCAGACGGCACGAGAUGGCCACCAUAUGCGGCUUCAAAUCAUAUGCCCACAGAGCCGUCAACAGCAGCUUAGCCGAGUCUCCCGACCUCGUGCUGAACUUCUUGAAAUUGGUGUCAAAAGAGGUGAGGCCCUUAGCCAAGGAGGACUUCAGGGAGAUGGAGAAGAUGAAGAAAGAACAAUACAGAUACUCGAGGGACCUAGCUCCCUGGGAUGUGCCUUACUUCACCGGCCAGGCAAGGCAGAGUAAAUUCUCCAUGAGCGGAGGUGAUCUCGCACCGUACUUCUCUUUAGGGGCAGUCAUGGACGGGCUCAGCAGCCUGCUUCGGAAUCUGUAUAACGUCUCUCUCAAAGUGCAGGAGCCGUUACCUGGGGAACUUUGGACCAACGAUGUCUAUAAUACCUCAGUAAUGCACGAAAUGGAAGGCCUCUUGGGCUACAUCUACUGCGACUUCUACGAGCGCAUCGGCAAGGCCCACCAGGACUGCCAUUUCACCAUUAGGGGCGGGAAGCUGCUCCCUGAUGGAUCAUAUCAAGAUCCUAUUGUGGUUCUCCACCUGAACCUGCCUGCUCCCACCUGGUCAACGCCCUCUCUGCUCACGCCCGGCAUGGUCGAGAAUCUGUUCCACGAGAUGGGUCAUGCUUUGCACUCCAUGCUGGCAAGAACACAGUAUCAGCAUGUAACGGGAACACGCUGCAGCACAGAUUUUGCAGAAGUUCCCUCGAUCCUGAUGGAGUUUUUUGCCAUGGACCCCAGAGUCCUGCGCACUUAUGCCCGCCAUUACAAGACGGGAGAGCCCAUCCCUGACAAACUGCUUGAGAAAUUGGUUGCAUCUAAGUCUGUGUUCGCUGCCUCAGAAAUGCAGCUGCAGACCUUCUACUCUAUGCUCGACCAGCGUUACCACAGUGAAGAACGAUGGGAUUCAACUACAACCACAACACAGAUAUUAGAGAAAGUGCAGAAUGAAUAUUAUGGGCUUCCAUAUGUCCCCAAUACUGCUUGGCAACUGAGGUUCGGUCACCUUGUUGGCUAUGGAGCAAAAUACUACGCUUAUCUGGUGUCUCGUGCCGUGGCCUCCUGGAUCUGGCAGAAGUAUUUUGUGGACAAUCCAUUCAGCAGGGAAAUGGGUGAGAAAUAUCGCCGGGAAGUGCUAGCUCAUGGCGGAGGGAAACCCCCACGAGCGAUGGUGGGAGAGUUCCUUGGCCGAGAGGUGACGGCAGAGAGCAUGGUAGAGGCUCUUAGGACAGAUUUGGAGUCAAAGAAAGAGAGGGUGGAGACAACCACUGCAAAGUAGGAUGUGCUCUUCCGAUAUCUGGGGUAUUAGAAAUGAGGUCUGAAGCAUCAAAGAUUGAGGUGUCUGGAAAGAGGGUGUAAUAUUUGGAUAAUCCAAUACAGAGAGAGGAGUAUUUAGAGAGACUAUUUUUUCAGAGUAAAUGAAGACACUAAUAAGAUAAUUUAGUUGUCUAUCAAUAUGUGCAAAAGUAAUUUACAGAGCAAUAAGGUUGUUUUUAUGUGAUGUGUGAGUUUUACUGUGUUAGGUGCUGUUUCAUUAAGAUGAAAAUCAAGCAGUUUAAGAAACUUACUUAAAGUAUCUAUAGAAUUUAAAACUACAGACUUAACUCAAGGAUGCUACCUUUCGUUGUCACUCUCUCCAUUGCAUUAUUAUUGUAAUAGUCUAUCCUAUGAAUCUGUGUGGGAUGAGGACUUUUUUUUGUCAUUUAUUUUAUCUGAAUUAAUUUUCUCAGGGAUAUGUUUGUGAGAUUAUUCAGACAGUACCAGUCUGGUCUGUUUCAAACAUGGUGAAAAUGCAGUUUGGUAAUGUAGUUCAUUUUAUUUUUUUUUUUUUUUUUUUUUUUUUUUUUUUUUUUUUUUUUUUUUGAUAGCAAAUAUUUGUAAUAAUUAUAUCUCUUCUACCUAAUCAAUAUGAUAAAUGGUAUUCCUAGUUGUAAAUGAUGGAAAGAAAUAUGAAAUAUUGUACUAUAAGAUGAGACAGAAUGUUGCUAGGUUUUAUAUUUUACUUAAAAAUGGUGCUUAUAUACCUGUUCAAUUAUUAUUAUUGAUAACGGUAUUGUGAUUUGGUACAUUUGUUAUAUUGUGUAUAUAAAAUAUAUAUUUCUCAAAAAAA